AUGGCGGCCAACUUUAUCGGAGCGCUCAUCAGCCUCACCUCCAAGUCGGAGGUGCGCUACCAAGGCAGAUUAGCCUCUCUAUCUUCCGAAGAAGCGACAAUCUCGUUGGAACACGUGAAAGCCUGCGGAACAGAGGGUCGAUUGGCCGCUCAAGGUAGGCCUCAGGAUGAGAUGCCAGCUUCGGAUGGAACGUACGAGUUCAUCGUCUUUAGAGCGGCAGAUGUCAAGGACUUGAGAAUCGACGAUCCUAACCCCAUCAAGGCUCAACCUGAUGCCCCUCCCGCUUUUGUCGAUCCUGCAAUUCAAAGUUCAUCUCAACGACCGCCAGCGCCACAGCAGGCAUCCGCUGCUAGUGCUGCCACUGCGCCGGCGUCCGCACCCAAAGCGACAAUUGCUCCAGCCGCUGCUCCCGUACCCGUGCCCUCCGUCGCAUCUGCUGCCCCAGCAAUCGCUACGACGACCAAUGGACUCGCUUCGUCCAUGGCCAACCUUUCAGUAAAUUCUGCAGCUCAAAAAGGAUCGUAUGCCCCGGCAUCUGCUGCUUCCAAGCCAAGCACGACUGCUCGAACGGGUCUAGCAAGCGGGACGACGCCUUCCAAUCUGCCAGCCAUUCCUCACGCCGCAGCAGCCGCUGCUCGUCAACAACAAUCCGUCGAAGGCACGAAUGGGAAGAAUGCAGCGCGAGCCACUUCUCCGCGCAAUCAGAGAAAUGCAUCUCGCGCAGGUGCAGGAGCAAGUGGUAGAUCGGUAUUCGACAACCGUUCGCCCAUCGCUGUACCGGAUGCGGAUUUCGACUUUGCAGCAGCCAAUGCCAAGUUUGAAAAGGAUCGAGCAGCUGCCGCAUUGUCCCCCAAGGUGGACAGUGUGGGACUUUUGACCGAUGGCGUCGUCCAUGGAAAUGAAAGGGGGGGAGGAGCAGGAUCACUGGACUCCAUCCCGCCACCUCCUGCAGAGCCAAAGAGCUUUUACGAUAAAUCUACCAGCUUCUUCGAUUCGAUCUCUAGCGAGGUCAAGGAGCGCUACGAAAGGGUUCCGGGCGCUGCGGGUGCAGGUGCAAGAAACGCUUCGUCCGGCGCGGGAGAGAGCAGAGGCGGGGCUCAUGAAGGAGUCGGAGGCGGUAGAGGUAGGGGAACCGCGAGAGCCAACAGAUUGGCAGAGGAGCGUCUGAAUCUGAGCACUUUUGGAGAAGUGGGAUCGGCGCCGAGAGGUGGAAGAGGUGGGAGGGGUGGAAAAGGAAGGGGAAGAGGUAGAGGUAGGGGACAAGGAAGAGGAAGAGGCGCGCCUCCUCCUGCUCAUUUUGCCUAG